AUGGCGUCGGGUCGCGGCUGCUUCAAUUGUGGAGGCUUCGGCCACCAGGCCGCCAACUGUCCCAAGGCAGGGACUCCGACCUGUUAUAAUUGUGGUCUAGAGGGCCACGUCUCGAAAGAGUGCACCUCCGAAACAAAAGCCAAGGCGUGCUACCGUUGCGGCCAAGAGGGCCACAUAUCUCGAGACUGUCCCGACGCAGCCAACGCACCUCCGGGCGCCAUCGGUGGUGCCUCCACUACGGAGUGUUACCGAUGCGGGAAGACGGGGCAUAUUGCCCGCACUUGCCCCGACGCUGCGAGUGGCGGCGGCUACGGCGGCGGCGGCGGCGGAAACUUCGGUUCCAAAACCUGCUACACUUGCGGGGGUGUAGGACACUUGUCCCGCGACUGCGUACAGGGUUCCAAAUGCUACAAUUGCUCUGGUGUAGGCCACAUUUCGCGCGACUGCCCCCAGCCGCAGCGUCGUGCGUGCUACACAUGCGGGUCGGAGGGCCACAUCAGCCGCGACUGUCCCGGGGUGGCCACAGAGGCGGCCUAA